AUGGGUCUGAAGAUGGCUGAAUUCGAACCACUCCCAGUCCCCUCCGAUUCUUUUGUGAAUCCCAAUCUCAAGCCCCACGACGCCCCUUUCCUUCCGUAUUGGGCUCGCUGUCGCGUGCAGUGUGCUCAGAACCUCCUCCCCGCAUCCGACGAACCUAUCGAGUACGAUCACGACGACGAAGACUAUUCAGAUAAUUGUUUCUUCUUCCCCGAGGAUUGUUCUUACACCCCACCGAAGGACUGGGUCGUGGAAGCGCACUAUCAACCUUUGAAGGAAAUCGCAGAUCGUCACCCUGAGGAUAUCCCGACUGCCCAGGACGCCAACGACAACAUGCUCCCCGACCUUCCUGAUAUCAAGAUGCUGGACUCGGAGGCACUGGGUGACCUUCUAGAAGAUAACCUGUCCCCGCCAGAAAUCACAACUAUGAUGUAUGCUGCCCCCACACGUAACUCAGUCGUCUUCCAAGCUGCAAGGUACAUCAUGGAAGCUACAUCGUUCAAGGCUAACAUGACACAUAGUGUGUUCGCGACUAACGGUGCUGUUUUCGCCUACGCCUCCUCCCUUUCAUCACGCCAACUCCGAAACCUCAGCGCGACCUACGGCGCCGCCUACACAUGCUACGCUAAGACAGCCUCAAGUGGCAAUCUCACAGGCGUGAACCCCGCCAGUCAUCCCUCAUCAUACGUCACAGCACAAUCAAUGUCACUCGGUGACGUGGGCUCCAUCGUAUUCGAGCUCGAUGACUCCGUCGCAGUGGUGACUCGUAUCGCCGACAAAGUUCUCCUGGCCGCCAUCGGACCUAAUAAAAUCGAUCAGAGCAUGCCCAAUGGCGCUGAUAGCGAAUAUCUAACCAGCGACGGUGGGGUAGAUUCAUCUACCGGGAAUGGGGCCACGUCAGAUGCGCUGGGAGGCGAUGCGCAACGCGCUCCAUCUUCGAACCCGCCUACCCGAAAUGGAGCCCUCGAUGCCCAACAUGAGAUCGACCGCAGUGCUGAUCUUGCACGUUUGGCUAGUUUGAAUCUCUCAGCUUCGCCUUCUGUACUUCUGGCACUGGAGUCGAAAUGUGCUGCACUUGGUCGAUUCCUUGGAGAAAAGUUGGAUGACUUGGAGAGUCCAGAGGAUUUUUGA